AUGGCUUCUAAUGUACCAGAGCCUUCCAAUGCUGAAGGGAUUUUAUUGCAAGAGAAAGAAGCCUUUAUCCAGCACNUAAAGAAGGAAAGAAAAAAUGCUCUGCAGAAGUUGACCAGGAAAGAGACAGAACUAAAGAACCUGAUGAGUGUGGACCCUGUUGACUGCAACGAGAUUAGUAACCAAGUGGGUUCUUAUCAAGAGAUGCACGCUGUGUGCAUGGGGCUAUGUGACAAGCUCAUACUUGAACUGGAUACAGAACCUGCCAAGGGAAAAGCAGCAACGAAGAGAGAGGAACUCAUUCACAGGAAGCAAGCUAUAGAUAAUCAGCUAAGUGAAUUAUCGCUAGAGGGCCUCAUAUCGGGUAGAGCACCUUCGCUCCAACCAUCUAGGCACACAUCCUCUAGGUCCUCUAGAAAAUCCCAGAGAGAGUCUGAAAUUGCGAGGAGACAGGAGGACCUCGACAACCUAAAGAAAAGCGCUGAACUCGAGUUACGUAAAGUGGCGAUUGAGAAAAAAGUCUUAGAUGCGGAGAUAGAGCUCAAGAAAGCAGAAAGGGAUGCUGCCUCUGAUGAGCUGAGCGAGACGUCUUCUCAUUCGCGGGGAAUACAGGAUGCGCGUCACUUUGCAAGGGCGCCAUCAAGCGCUUCACAGCAUGUUUUGCUGAAUCUUCCGCAGCCGAGUCACACAAGUGAGACGAGAGUGAAAGAGUAUCUCACGGAUCAGAGAAAUCAAGCUGCACCAAUUGAGCCGGUGGAUGGAUAUCGACUGUCUGACCCGUUAAUGGGGCCGGGGCUAUCUCAACGACCACCACCAAGAAGCGGAUUGCCGCCACCAGCACCGUGGCUAGGAAGAGCAAUAGAAGAGGAGCACAGACCAGUUCAAGCUGGUUUCAGCCCUGACAAUCCACCUGUGACGGGAAAGUCUGACCUUGAUUCAUUUUUCAGUGAUCAAGUCCGGGUGGAAUUGGCGAAGUUUGAUGGAGAUAUAUUAGAGUAUUACACGUUCAAAGAUGACUUCAAGGAUCUUAUUGAAACGAAGCCUGGUAGUAAAGCCAUUCGAGACCGUCAAAGGGCAUACGAGGAUGCGUGGACGCGGUUGGAUAAAAAGUACGGUCAGAGGACCAACUUGGUUCGGACGUACUUAAGGGAACUCACGCAAGGCCCAGUCAUAGGAGCUACUGACACGGAUAAGCUGUCUAAUCUAGCCGACCAGAUGCACGUAUGCUACCAUCAUCUCAUGGAUUGGGGAUAUGAGCAAGACCUCAACAACGAGGAUAACGUAUACAAGAUAUAUGCACGACUUCCCGAUAGUGUGAAGGAAAGGUACCUGUACUAUCCGGGGUCUGAUUCCAAGUUUGUGCGAUUGAAGAAAGCGGUGGAGAUGGGAGCAGAGCUGUCUAGGGACAGAUUCUAUGGAGGCCGCUACAACAAGGAUCUUUCUACAAAAAAAGUAUCAAGGGACAAGCCUGUUACUCAGCGUCCAAGGUAUUAUACUAACGCCACACAACAAGGUAGAGACGAAACUAAGAGAGAGAGCAAGAAUACAACAAAACCGUCAUUCAGAGCAAUGAGCUGUACUAUGUGCGGGGAAGAACAUAAGCUAUAUAGCUGCGAUAAAUUCAAGCAGAAGACUGUUUCGGAGCGAAAUGAUUUUGUUAAGGAGAAAAACCUUUGCUUCCGCUGCCUCGGUGUGGGACAUUCUGCUUGGAGUUGCAUGUCACGAUGGAGAUGCCGCGAAUGUAAAGGGAAGCACCAUUAUCUUCUACACCUGGAUAGAGAAAUACAACAGACUGCUGUGACUAAUGGAAGAGAAGACGCAGUCACUUGCCACAACAGACAAGAGGUAGUGGAGAAGAAGAGAGCAAUUCGACGAUUCAAAGUCGUCCCUGUCAAGGUAUGGGGUAACAAUGCUUCUAAGUUUGUACAGACCUACGCGUUUAUGGAUGAUGGAUCGGAUACUAGCUUGUGUACAGCUAGCUUGCUGACAAGACUGGGACUCAAGGGAACCAGAGCGAGCGUGGAUCUUUACACUACAAACUCAGUGAGUAACUUUGAUCGAUUGGUUGAUUCUCUGCACAUACAAGGCAUUGAGGAGCCGGAAUCAUUUAAUCUGGAUGGGGUUCUGGUGUUGGACAACUUGCUGGAUGUCAGUGACAGUAUACCUACAGAGGAAGUUGCAAGUCUUUACCCGCAUCUAAAGGAUUUGAAAUUCCCGAAGCUAAGUCAUUCAAAGGUGGAGCUACUUCUUGGAAACAAUGUGCAUGAAGCAUUCAGACUUAGCGAGCUGCGCUGUGGCAAAAGGGGAGAACCUGAUGGGUUACAUACAGCCUUGGGCUGGACAAUCUUUGGUUCAGACUACCUCAUGGAUGGAGAGAGGGGUAGACAAAGCAUGCAUUUGCAUUUUAUGCACAAGCAGGAACCUGUGGACGACUCGUGUGAGCAGAUGUUGGCCAUUUUCUCUCAGGAUUUUGCGGAUAUGGCGAAGCCACAGAAGACCGAACCAUCAAUUGAAGACAAGCGAGCAAUGGCGACUAUGGAGAAGUCUAUAAAGAAGAUAGAUGGACAUUAUCAGAUCGGAUUACCGUGGAAGAGUAGCAACUCUGUGCUACCAAACAAUCGCAAGAUGGCGAUGCGACGACUGCAAUCCCUCAGGAGACGACUGACAUCGGAUCCGGAGCUGUUUGCCAAGUACAAGGGUAAGAUUAGAGAGUAUGUUGAAAUGGGACAUGCCAGACUUAUACCUCCCAGUGAAAACAAGCUAACAGACAUUACAUGGUACGUACCGCACCAUUGCACAGGACCCAAGUUCCGGGUGGUUUUCGACUGCGCUGCUAAGCUGGGUAAGGUUUCUCUCAACGAUGAGCUGCUACAAGGACCUGACCUUACUAAUAGCCUGGUGGGGGUGCUUUUGCGCUUCCGCCAAGGGAAUAUUGCUUUUGUUGCAGAUAUUAAGGGCAUGUUUCACCAAGUCUUAGUGGAGCCGCGCGACCGGGAUGCCCUUCGAUUCCUGUGGUGGCCCGACGAUGAUCUCAAUGUGGAACCAGUGGAUCAUCAGAUGAACGUUCACAUUUUCGGAGCUACGUCUUCGCCAAGCUGUGCGAGCUACGCCCUGCGGCAGACCGCAGAGGACAAUCUGACUGGAGCUGACGAGACUGUGCUACAAACUGUAAGGCGCAAUUUUUAUGUUGAUGAUUUGUUAAAGUCAUGUGAUUCGGUCCAGGAGGCCGUACAGUUGAUAAACCAGUUAAAUCCAUUGCUUGAGUCCGGAGACCUUGCCUCCUCUGUUCUCAACAUUGACCUACAUGAGCUACCUACUGAUCGUGCUCUUGGCGUGUACUGGAACACAUCGCGUGACUGUUUCGAGGUUAAGGUGAGCAUGCAGGCAAAGCCGCCGACCAGACGCGGAAUGCUGUCUAUGGUAAGUCAGAUUUAUGAUCCAUUAGGCUUUGCUCAACCAUUCAUACUGCCGGCAAGAAAGCUACUACAAGAAGCGUGUCAUGGACACCUAGGAUGGGACGAGGUUGUGACCGAUGAACAUAGGACGAUGUGGGAGAACUGGUUACAAUCCCUGCAUGGACUGGAGGAGAUCACUAUCCCGAGAAGUUUCAAGCAACUGGGUGGCCAGGUACGACAGACUCAACUCCAUGUUUUCUGUGAUGCAAGCAAAAUUGGUUAUGGAGCCGUCGGCUACCUGAGGAUGAAGAAUGCAAGCAACGAUGUGCACUGUUCAUUUGUGAUGGGGAAAUCUAGAGUGGCACCCAUCAAACCAGUUAGUGUACCGAGGCUGGAACUCACUGCAGCUGUUACUGCUGUUAAGCUAUGCAACCUCAUCAAAGACGAACUAGAGUACGAUAUACAAGAAGUGGUGUACUGGACCGAUUCUACAACGGUGCUCCAGUAUAUUCUCAACACAUCAUCGAGGUUCCAGACGUUUGUGGCUAAUCGUUUGGAACUGAUUCACAAUAACUCGAAGCCAAGCCAGUGGAGGCACGUGGACACCAAGCGAAACCCUGCCGACAUUGCAUCAAGAGGAUUGAUGCCCGAUCAGGUCAAUAAGGCUGACCUGUGGUUUAAAGGACCUCCAUUUCUCGUGCAAGAAGAAGAUAGCUGGCCGACCAGACCAAUAAUACUGCCACCGCUGCCUGAGGAUCACCCAGAACUGAAGAAGGUAAAAGUUCAUGCCAUGGUGGAGCGGGAGUCUGGCCUACAGCGACUGUGUCAACGCUAUUCAUCGCUCAUUAAGCUGCAACGAGCUACUGCAUGGUUAAUACGAUUUAAGAAGUACUUACUGUGGAAAUCGUCCAAGGAUCGUGUACUCAAGACAUCUGGAUUCAGGGAGUGUGGAAAUCUGACCUGUAAAGAAUUGGAAGUUGCUCUAACGUCAAUCGUGAGGAUAGUGCAACAAGAUGUGUUUUCAGCGGAGCUAAGAGUACUCCAAAGUAACUCCGACCCUGAAUCUGGAACUUCUACUAGAAAACAAUUGCGGAAGAUACCUGCCAUACAAGCUCUUCAGAAGCUGUGUCCGUUUGUCGUGGAUGGAACUAUGUACGUCGGUGGAAGACUACAGCGAUCAGCCCUCUGUAGGGAUGCGAAGCACCAGAUGAUUUUGCCCGCAAAACACCAUGUUACGGAUCUUAUAAUUGCAAUGUACCAUGAGAAGCAUGGUCAUAGUGGAACGCUACAUGUUCUCUCAGCGACACGGGAGAAAUUUUGGAUACUGAGGGGCCAAGCCUCAGUUCGACGAGUUUUACAGGACUGCAGGAAGUGUCGUUUUUGGAACGCAAAGGUUGGGAAACAGAUGAUGGCACCUCUACCCCUCCCUAGAGUGACAGCAAGAAACCCUCCGUUUACUGCUGUUGGAGUGGACUACAUGGGCCCCAUAUUGGUAAAACUGGGGCGGAGCCAAGUUAAGCGUUAUGCUUGUGUAUUUACGUGUUUAGCCACCAGGGCUAUACACAUUGAAGUGGCGCAAUCAUUAGAUACGAGCGCAUUUAUUGAUGCUUAUCGACGUUUUAUUAAUCGCAGGAUCGGAAACCCAAAACAGAUCUUUAGUGACAACGGCACCAACUUCGUCGGUGCAGAGCGUGAACUCCGUGAGGGAAUCUUACGGUGGAACAAGAGUCAGAUUCACAAAGCGAUGCAACCAGAGGUGGAAUGGCACUUCAACCCCCCUGCUGCAAGCCACCAAGGUGGUGUGUGGGAACGUAUGAUACGGUCCGUUCGGAAGAUCAUACGCUUGCUUGUCGGGGACAAGAUGCUCAACGACUUUGGUUUGCUUACCUUAAUGACAGAAGUUGAACGUAUAUUAAAUGACCGACCGCUCACGCCUGUGAGUGAUGACCCUAAAGACUUACAGUCAUUAACCCCAAGUAUGCUGCUUACAGGUUCAGUGAGUGGCACCUUUUCUCCAGAUGAGUUCGUGAAGGCAGAUGGCUAUCGAAAGUCCUGGCGACUUACUCAACUGCUUGCUGAUCAAUUCUGGGAUCGCUGGCUCAAGGAGUAUCUGCCACUGCUGCAACUUCGACAAAAGUGGUUGCAGAGAACCGACAGCUUUGCUGUCAAUGACGUCGUCCUCAUUAAGGACGAGAAUGUCAAACGUGGACAAUGGCCGAAAGGAAUAAUCGUGCGAUGUUAUCCGGAUCGAGAUGGGACGGUACGACGAGUGCGUGUACGAACUGCAACUGCAGUGAUGGAUCGAGACAUUCGUAAACUGUGCUUACUAGAAGCACACCCAUAG